CCAAAAGAUUCGGAAAGAAAAAGUAUAUGGAUCCAGAAUAUGAAUCGUACAGAUUGGAUUCCAAUUUCAGAUGCAAGAUUAUGUGAUGUCCAUUUUGCCCCUCAUAUGUGGAUGACGAGAAAAGAUGGCUCACGCAGAUUAAAAUCUGAUGCAGUUCCAACAAUAUUCGGUGAGAAUUUGCCAACGUCUAUAACAAGGCAGAACACAAUGACCGAAGCUGCAGAGACUGAUAUGUUUGAAAAUGCUGCAAAUGAAAUGGAAGAAGAAAUGGAAAUCAAUGAAGAAGAUAUCACCGAAGAAGAAAAAAAUGAUGUAUUAAGCAUUCUAUCUAAUAGAACAGAAACUUCAGAUCCAUGUGUUUUACAACGUUUGGAGAAAUUGGAAAUGCUUUGGAAAAAAAGUGAACGCUUAAGAUUGCGAAUGAAGAAAAAAUUGCAACAGGCGAAAAGAAGAAUCAAGAGGCUUCAAACUGAAGUACGUAAUAAUAAAAUAAGUUCAAAUAUAAAUAAGAUUUUCAAUGAAGAUCAAUUAUGCUUGUUGUCUGCAAA